GGAGGUUGAGGUUGAGGUUGGCCUGGAGGUGCUCCCUGUCAAAAAUCCCUCACCUGGGGCAGGUGUUCCUUCGCUUAAGUCUGGCUUUACCUGGCUGUCUGGAACCUGCUGCCUCCAGGAGCGUAAUUACCCCUCAUUUACAGCCUUUCAGCACCUUUAUGAGCUCAGAAGGGGCUCAGAAAAAAGGGAGAGUGACUUCGGCGCUGACAGGACAAUGGGCUCAGUUAUUAUUAUUAUUAUUAUUAUUAUUAUUAAUUUAGGAUAAAUUCGUAGUUAACUGCUGGUAAAUUUAAACGUAAUUAACGUUCUUUAAAUCCGGACGUUGAAAGCAUAAUCCAGAUUUUUAAUGCCCAUGCAAAGUUCUGAGCUCCCCAUUCCCUCACACAAAGAACACAUUUCUCUAUGGAAAUCGAUGUUUCCGCCCCUUCCUAAAAUUCUUUUUCCCAGACCCCUCAGGAAGUGAAAGCAAAAUGUGUUGUUUCACCUCCCUCAAAAAAAAAUAAUAAUUUGGGGGAUCCUCCAUUAAAUAUUUUUCCUUGAUGCCCUGCACAAAUGGGUCGCUGUGCUGCCUGAGGAUGCUCAUUAAUUGGGUUUUUUUAUUUUACACAAAUAUCAACCCUAGGACAGGAGUUAAAUUGGAGAUUUUCUCAUUCUGCCUGUAGGUGAAAGAAUUAUUGUUGGCAGCUCCAGUAUGGAGUUUAAAGAUUGAAAAUAAAGUGUUUUUUUUUCCCAUUAAAUCCACCUUGGGAGGGUCUGAAUCCAAGAGGAUCCAUCAAACAGGAGAACGUGGAACGCGAGGACAGAAAUUCCCUGCGCUCUUCCCCAGGGAAUCGAGGCUGGAGUUUGAUCCUUCCCCUCGCGCUGGAUCCUCCCCUUUGGCAGCUCCCGGUCCUUGCCUGCUCCUCCUCCCGCGGGUUCCGCGGCUUCGGCUCCGCAAAAAACACCGCUUGGAUCCACCAAAAACACCCUUUGGAUCCACCAAAAAAAAAAAAAACAAAACCUCUCCAGGCAGCUGAACUUCCCAUCGCGCCGCUCCAACAUGGCGAAAUGUGGAGCGUGUGGACCAGGAUAUGCAAGUCCUCUGGAUGCCAUGAAAGGUCCCCGGGAGGAGCUGCUCUACCUGCCCUGCAUCUACAGGAACACGGGGAUCCAGAAGCCUGACUACCUGGCCACGGUGGAUGUGGACCCCAAAUCCCCCCACUACUGCCAGGUGAUCCACCGGCUGCCCAUGCCCAACCUGCAGGAUGAGCUGCACCACUCGGGCUGGAACGCCUGCAGCAGCUGCUUUGGGGACGCCAGCAAGAGCAGGAAUCUCCUCAUCCUGCCAUCCCUCAUCUCCUCUCGGAUCUACGUGGUGGACGUGGGAACGGACCCCAGGGCUCCCAGGCUCCACAAGGUGGUUGAGCCUCUGGAAUUGUUCCAGAAGGGGAACGUGGCCAACCCUCACACCUCGCACUGCCUGGGCACUGGGGACAUCCUCAUCAGCUGCCUGGGGGACCCUGCUGGCAAUGGCAAAGGGAGUUUUAUCCUGCUGGACGGGGAGACCUUCGAAGUGAAAGGCAACUGGGAGAGAGGGGGAAAGGUCCCUUCCCUAGGAUAUGAUUUCUGGUACCAACCUCGGCACAACGUCCUGCUGAGCACGGAGUGGGGAGCUCCCAAAGCCCUGAGGGACGGAUUCAACCCGGCUGACGUGGGGAAAGGGCGCUACGGGCGCCACAUCAACGUGUGGGACUGGAGCAGCCACGUCCUGCUGCAGGCCCUGGAUUUGGGAGAGGGCUCCAUCCCGCUGGAGAUCCGGUUCCUGCACGAGCCGGCGGCGGCCGAGGGGUUCGUGGGCUGCGCCCUGAGCGGGGCCGUGCAUCGCUUCUACAAGACACAGAAAGGAGACUGGGCAGAGGAGAAGGUGAUUGAAGUGCCCACCAAGAAGGUGCAAGGCUGGCUCCUCCCAGACAUGCCUGGUCUCAUCACCGACAUCCUGAUCUCCCUGGACGACAGGUUCCUGUACUUCAGCAACUGGAUCCACGGGGAUGUCCGGCAGUACGACAUCUCCGACACCCGCCGGCCCCGCCUCGUGGGGCAGGUGUUCCUGGGGGGCAGCAUCUGCAGGGGGGGCCCUGUGACUGUGCUGGAGGACAAGGAGCUGCAGUGCCAGCCCGAGCCCUUUGUCAUCCAGGGGAAGAAGGUUCCAGGUGGGCCUCAGAUGCUGCAGCUGAGCCUGGAUGGGAAGAGGUUGUACGUCACCAACUCCCUGUACAGCGGCUGGGACAAGCAGUUCUACCCAGACCUUCUCCGGGAAGGCUCUGUGAUGCUGCAGAUCGACGUGGACACUGAGAGAGGGGGGCUGGCGGUGAACAGAAACUUCCUGGUGGAUUUCGGGAAGGAGCCAGACGGGCCCUGCCUGGCCCACGAGAUGCGGUACCCGGGGGGGGACUGCACCUCUGACAUCUGGCUGUGACCACUCCUGGGGCUGCUUCACCCCCCUCCCAAACCUCCCCAAACCUUCCCUUUCCACCAGGAGAAUCAGGGCACCUGGAGCUUCGCCCGCUCCCUAAAUCCACAUUUCUCUUUCUGAGGCAGCCGAGUGAAAUCUCCCUGAAAUCCUCACCUCCAGCUCAUUUCUGUACUUGUGCACCAUAAAAUAAUCAGCAAUAAAAUUACCCUUCAGGUCA